UGGAGCAGGUAUGAAGGGGUUGUAUCAAGACAAACAAAACAGGACCAUGCAGGGUCUAACAGGGAACUGGGGAUAACUAAAGGCAGAGGAAGACAUGGACCAAACACAAGGUGGUAUUGCGCCAAAGAAGCAGGGAUCACACAGGCACUGACAUAGGCAGCAACAUGGGUAACGACAAUGACUGAACUGGGCCUGAGGAGGUCCAAGCCUAAUGAGUGUGCAGCAAGCAACAGGCAUGGUACUUUAGGCUCAUGUCAGGGAGGAGAUGGGAGUGCCAGGCAGGCACAUGACUGGCAGGACACAAUGCUGUAUGUGCCACUACGGUCUUUCUUUCAGUAUAACUUUCUGUUCAAAAUUAAUUGAGGCAAUCAGCUUUAGUCUGAUUUCAUUUUAAAUAAAACCCCCUUCUACAUCUUGUCAGUCCUUAGCCCAGCACUUUCUGCAAAAUGAUUGAAGACAGAACAUUUUCAGUUAUAAAUUUCUGUUACUGAUUAAUUUUCCCCUACCUUGGGCAGAAAUGCACACAUCUGAGAUAUAAUUUCAAAAAAUCUUUCACAUGACAAAUUAUUUUAGGUAAAAGACCAAAAUACCUUCCUUCAUUGGGACGGCACAUGACGCCUGCGGCCAGAUUUAUGCGAUAAUAAAUUUGAAUGAGUCCUCAUUUUACGUCAUAUAGUCUCAUCCCUCCCUGCUAUGAUUUUCCCAGUAUAGUUUAAAGCGAUUUUCAUUACUGAGAUCCAUUUUUUUCACCGUGGAAUAUGAGUAACAUCAGUGAAAUCAUGCAAAGACACACUGGAAAAACAAAUAUAUAAUUAUGAAAUGAGAAAUUCCUGCUGAGAUAGUAUGGGGCAAUAUAUGAUUAGAAUUAGAGAAAUCAGAAAUACAAUUCAAUAAAACAAUAAUCUAGAUCCAGAUCAAUUGAAUGUCAUAUACUGGAUUUAUAUAGCAUAUAAUGGUCAUGUAAAAUCAUAUGUAGUUUUACCUUCUGAGAUUUUUGAAUUUGUUCACUGAAAAUUGGUUGAAAUUUAAUUGUACACAAUAGUUAUUUCUUUAGAAUAAUAAACAAGAAAUAAACUUCCUGUUUUGGGCAGACAACAUGAAAAGGAAAAUCCUAUCACUGUAUAAAUUAAAGAUUAAACGAUUUGUCACAGACCUGAAGCUGCCAUUUGAGAGAGGUGAAAUUUUGAAACUGAGCAAGUUCUGAACAAUUAACAAGAGUUGUAGUGAAUAUACUCGAUUUCGUAUGAUGUUGAUGGAUUUGUAAUCAUACAGCAUUAUUAGGUCUAUUUAAACAAACUUAAUCUGCAACAAUGUUUACUCUGGUCUUAUUACGUGAGCGUGUCUUUUCUCUCUUCACCUGGAUACGAUCCCUUAGCGCUUCGUUUUUCCCUCAGCAUCACCAUCUUUCGCUGCUAUGUCAUGUCAAGAUUAUUCUACGGCUCGCUCUCGCUCUGUCUCUCUCUCUGAAAUGUGGCGUUUGUAGCGCGUCUUAAACAGCACAAGGCAGAAGGGGUUUACAUUGAAAAUAAUUCAAUUUUUGGCAGAAAAACAACACAUUACGUUCAUCCACUUUCUUUCUACUGGAAUUUUGACGCACUGAACAUUCCACCAUUACUUCCCAAAGCAAAGCGGACUUUCUAGCGCUUUCUUCUCGGUUCGUCCAGAGGAAGCCAUUCGUUGCAGCUGUAGGUAUCGUCAUGGUGUUGGCUAUUAUUAUAGUAUUACUACUCCUGUUCGAAACUUCAAAGACUUCGGCUCAUUAUGAGAUGAUGGGAACCUGUCGAAUGAUCUGCGAUCCAUACAACCCUAAAUCCAGCUCUACUGCCAUGGAAGUGAUGCAGGACCUGAGUGUCAUCCCGCCAACCUUCGUUCAAGGGACUAGAGGUGAGCCAGGGCGACCGGGGAAACCCGGACCUCGGGGUCCACCUGGCGAGCCGGGUCCGCCCGGUCCAAAAGGACCACCGGGAGAGAGAGGCGAAUCGGGGAAGCCAGGGUUUACAGGUCUAACCUCGGGGACAGCGAAGACGGAAACGGGGGAGGUUAGUGCAACAGUGUUCGGAACAAAAAUAGCUUUUUAUGUAGGUCUGAAGAACCCUCACGAAGGUUAUGAAGUUCUCAAAUUCGACGAUGUAGUAACAAACCUGGGAAACCAUUACGACUCGUCCACCGGAAAGUUCACUUGCCAGGUGCCUGGGAUUUAUUUCUUCACAUACCACGUUUUAAUGAGAGGAGGCGAUGGGACCAGCAUGUGGGCAGACCUUUGCAAAAACGGACAGGUCCGUGCUAGUGCCAUUGCCCAGGAUGCUGAUCAAAACUAUGAUUACGCUAGUAAUAGCGUGGUCCUGCAUCUGGACUCUGGGGACGAAAUAUACAUCAAACUGGACGGUGGCAAAGCUCACGGAGGCAACAAUAACAAGUACAGCACAUUUUCGGGCUUCAUUUUGUAUCCUGACUGAUGAUUUCGCUGACAUCUCAGACUCUUACAAGUUAAUGUGCUCGUGAACAAAAUGAUUUAUAUCUAGGCCAUUAUCCAUCUACUUAAUUCUACUUUUUGGGGACAAUAACACAUCACAUGCGUUUCUUGUCCAGCUGGUACAUGCAAAGACAUCGUUUUGAAAUCAAUAUUUUGGUUGUGGUAAUUUUUGUUUUGGCAUAAUGUGGUGUGAAAACGAAAAAGCAACGUAUGCAAAAUAUAGGAACUAUAUACAAAUAUAAAAA